AUGACGGAAUCAUUACGAUACCUUCGGUUAUUACCAGAAGAAAAAAUCAAAUAUCAAUCACAACCAUUCGAUGCCAAAAAACAAUGUUGGGUACCGGAUCCAAAAGAAUGUUUUGUAGAGGGUUUAAUUGAGAGUACUAAAGGAGACGAUGUAGUAGUACAAAAAGACAAAGGAGAAAAAAUAACGGUAAAAAAAGAUGAUAUACAGCUAAUGAAUCCACCAAAAUUUGAAAUGUGUGAUGAUAUGGCAAAUUUAACGCAUUUAAAUGAUGCUAGUGUACUUCAUAAUUUACGUGCACGUUACAAAAAUUGGCUUAUUUAUACAUAUUCAGGAUUAUUUUGUGUGGUAAUCAAUCCAUACAAACGUUUACCAAUCUAUACAAUGAAAGUUGUAAUGAUGUAUCGUGGAAAAAAAUCAAAUGAAGUGCCGCCACAUUUAUAUGCUGUAGCUGAUAAUGCCUAUUCAAAUAUGUUAAGAGAACGUGAAAACCAAUCGAUGUUGAUUACUGGAGAAUCAGGCGCUGGAAAAACUGAAAAUACAAAAAAAGUCAUUCAGUAUUUUGCACUGGUUGCAGCAGCUUCCGAGAAGAAAGAUACGGGUAAAUUUAUUCGUAUCCAUUUUGGUAAUGCUGGAAAAAUUGCCGGUGCUGAUAUCGAAGUAUAUUUAUUGGAAAAAUCACGUGUUAUUUUUCAACAACCACUUGAAAGAAAUUAUCAUAUUUUCUAUCAGUUAUGCUCGAGUGCCGCUGCAGAUAAAUAUCACCAGGAAUUAUUGAUUGGUACUGAUGCUGGUAAAUAUCAUUAUGUUGCACAAGGCAAACUUACAAUUGAGGGUGUUGACGAUGCUGAAGAAUGGAAAUUAACGGACGAAGCAUUUGAUAUUUUGGGAUUUAGUCAGGAUGAAAAACUUAACUUGUUCAAAUGUACAGCAGCAAUUAUGCAUUUUGGUAAUACAACAUGGAAACAACGACCACGUGAAGAACAAGCCGAAGCCGAUGGUACAGAAGAUUGUGAUAAGGUCGCACAUUUAUUGGCAGUUGAUGCAGCCGAUUUAAUUAAAGGAUUGUUGAAACCACGUAUUAAAGUUGGUACAGAAUAUGUAAAUAAAGGUCAAAGUAAAGAUCAAGUGGUGAAUUCAAUUGGUGCUCUAUCAAAAUCAAUUUAUUCUCGUAUGUUCAGUUGGCUCGUUGAACGUGUCAACGUGACCUUGGAUGUCAAAGCAAAACGACAAUAUUUCAUUGGUGUGUUGGAUAUUGCGGGCUUUGAAAUUUUUGACUUUAAUGGUUUCGAACAAUUAUGUAUAAAUUAUACCAACGAGCGUCUUCAGCAAUUCUUCAAUCAUCACAUGUUCGUAUUAGAACAAGAAGAAUAUAAAAAAGAAGGUAUUCAAUGGGUAUUUAUUGAUUUUGGGAUGGAUUUACAAGCAUGUAUAGAUUUGAUCGAAAAGCCAAUGGGUAUCUUAUCGAUUUUGGAAGAAGAAUGUAUCGUACCAAAAGCCUCGGAUAAAACAUUUGUUGAAAAAUUGUAUACAAAUCAUUUGGGUAAACAUCCACAAUUUGGUAAACCAAAACCAGUAAAAGGCAAAGCAGAAGCUAAUUUUGAAGUACAUCACUAUGCUGGAUCUGUACCAUAUACAGCUACGAGUUGGUUGGAAAAAAAUAAAGAUCCAAUCAAUACAACUGUUGCUACUCUAUUUUCAAAAUCAAAAAAUCCAAUGUUAAGUCAUUUGUAUGCCGAUGUAGCAGCUGAAGAAGAGGAAAAAGCUGGUGGUGGUAAAGGUGGUGGUGGUAAAGGAAAAAAAGGUGGUAGUAUGCAAACCAUCUCAGCUACUCACCGAUUACAUUGUAAUGGUGUAUUAGAAGGCAUUCGUAUUUGUCGUCUGGGUUUACCAAAUCGUAUAAUUUAUCAAGAAUUCAAACAACGUUACAGUAUUCUUGCUCCCAAUGCCAUUCCAAAAGGAUUUAUUGACGCAAGAAAAGCUACGGAAGAUAUUCUUAAAGAUCCUUCUGUUGCUCUAUCCGAAGAAUUAUAUCGUCUCGGUACAACAAAAGUAUUCUUUAAAGCUGGUGUUUUGGGUCAAUUAGAAGAUAUGCGUGACACAGCAUUAAGUCAAAUUAUAUCAAAAAUACAAGCACAAAUGCGUGGUUUUCUUAUGCGUAAACAAUACCGAAAAAUGUUGGAACAACGUGUUGCUUUACAAGUUGUACAACGAAAUGUUAAAAAAUAUUUGGCUGUACGUAAUUGGCCAUGGUGGAAAUUAUUUACAAAAAUAAAACCGAUGUUAUCUGUAGCAAGACAGGAAGAAGAAUUAAAAAAAAUGGAAGAAGAAUUUGUACAAUUGAAAGAAAAUUUGGCAAAAGAAGAAAAAUUACGAAAAGAAAUUGAAGAAAAUAAUGCAAAAUUAAUCAAAGAUAAAAAUGAUAUAUAUUUACAAUUGGAAACUGAACGAUCAAAUGCUUCUACUGUCGAAGAGCGUUUGACACGUUUAGUAACACAAAAAGCCGAUAUUGAACAGCAACUAAAGGACAUGGAAGAACGUGUACAUGAGGAAGAACAAGCUGGACAAGAACUACAAAGUAAACGUAAAAAAUUAGAACAUGAUAUUGAUGGAUUGAAAAAAGAUAUUGAUGAUAUGAGAUUAAAUUUACAAAAAUCAGAAAAUGAAUGUAAAACGCGUGAAAAUCGUAUUAACAUUUUACAAGAUGAAAUGGCACAACAAGACGAGUCACUAUCAAAAUUAACACGGGAAAAAAAACGAUUAGAAGAACAAAAUACAAAAACAACUGAACAGCUUCAAGCAGAAGAAGAUAAAGUAAAUCAUUUAAAUAAAUUAAAAACGAAAUUAGAACAAACAUUAGAUGAAUUAGAAGAUUCGUUAGAACGUGAAAAGAAGAGCCGUGCCGAUUUAGAUAAAUCAAAACGUAAAUUAGAAGGUGAUUUAAAAUCAACACAAGGAAAUUUAGAAGAAAUGGAACGAGCAAAACGAGAAUUGGAAGAAAAUUUAAAACGAAAAGAUCAAGAAAUUGGACAAAUGGGUGGACGAUUGGAAGAUGAACAAGGACAAGCAGCAAGUCUACAGAAAAAAAUCAAAGAAUUACAAAGUAGAAUGCAAGAAUUAGAAGAAGAAGUUGAAACCGAGAGACAAUCGAGAACAAAAACGGAAAAACAACGAGCCGAUUUAGCACGUGAAAUUGAUGAAAUGAAUGAUCGUUUAGAGGAAGCCGGUGGUGCUACAUCGUCACAAGUCGAAAUGAAUAAAAAACGUGAAGGUGAAUUAGCAAAAUUGAGAAGAGAUUUAGAAGAAGCCAGUCUUCAACAUGAAGCAACAGCUGCUCAAUUGAGAAAGAAGCAUCAAGAUGCUGUAACCGAAAUGGGAGAACAAAUUGAUCAAUUACAAAAAAUAAAAAAUAAACUAGAGAAGGACAAACAAUCAAUUAAAUCUGAAGUAGAUGAUUUACGUACACAAAUUGAUCAUGUUACUAAGGGUAAACUAGCAGCCGAAAAACUUUCCAAACAGUUAGAACAGCAAUUGACAGAUAUUCAAACAAAGAUGGAUGAUCAUAUUAAACAAAUCAGUGAUUUUAAUCAACAAAAAUCAAAAUUUCAAUCAGAAAAUUCUGAUCUUAUUAAACAACUGGAAGACGUUGAACAUCAAGUAGCAGUAUUAACAAAAGCAAAAACAACUCUUCAACAACAAGCAAACGAUGCAAAACGUUCUCUUGAAGAAGAAUUACGAUCGAAAAAUGCCAUCACCUCACAACUACGUAACUUGACUGCCGAUUUGGAUCAAGCACGUGAACAACUGGAGGAAGAACAAGAGGGAAAAUCUGAGUUACAACGACAAGUAACAAAAUUGAGUUCGGAAAAUCAACAAUGGCGUGCACGAUUUGAAUCAGAAGGUUUGGCACGUGGUGAAGAAUUGGAAGAAGCAAAACGAAAACUAGCUGCAAAAUUGUCCGAGGCCGAAGAACAGGUUGAAGGUGCCUUAUCAAAGUGUAAUGCAUUAGAAAAAGUAAAAGCUCGUUUACUUGGUGAAGUUGAGGAUUUGAUGGUCGAUGUUGAACGUGCAAAUGCUAAUGCAUCAGCCAUGGAUAAAAAACAAAAACAAUUUGAUAAAUUGAUCAAUGAAUGGAAAGAAAAAUGUCAAGAUAUUACGGUUGAAUUAGAAGUAUCACAGAAAGAAGCACGACAAUAUUCCACUGAAUUAUUCAAAAUAAAAACACAAUAUGAAGAAUCACAUGAACAAAUUGAAGCAUUGAGAAAAGAGAAUAAAAAUUUAGCUGAUGAAAUUAAAGAUUUGAUAGAUCAAUUGGGUGAAGGUGGUAAAUCGGUACAUGAACUAGAUAAACAAAGAAAACGUUUAGAAAUGGAGAAAGAAGAGUUACAAGCAGCAUUAGAAGAAGCUGAAUCAGCAUUAGAACAAGAAGAAGCAAAAGUUUUGCGAGCACAAAUGGAAUUAUCAACGGUGAGACAAGAAAUUGAUCGACGUAUUCAUGAAAAAGAAGAAGAAUUUGAAAGUACAAGACGUAAUCAUCAACGUGCUCUUGAUUCAAUGCAAGCUAGUUUAGAAGCAGAAACAAGAUCGAAAGCUGAAGCAUUAAAACAGAAGAAAAAAUUAGAAUCUGAUAUAAAUGAAUUAGAAAUUGCAGUAGAUCAUUCAAAUCGUACAAAUGUUGAAUUACAAAAAAAUGUAAAAAAAUUUCAACAAACAAUUUCUGAAUUACAAGCACAAAUUGAAGAAGAACAACGACAACGUGAUGAAGCGAGAGAAAUAGCUGCAUCUGCUGAACGUCGAGCUAAUGCGAUUGCUAGUGAAUUAGAAGAAUUACGUACGGGUGUAGAUCAAGCAGAACGUGCAAGAAAAGCAGCUGAAAAUGAGUUACAUGAAGCAGCUGAUCGUAUCUCAGAACUAAGUACACAAAAUGCCAAUUUAUCAUCACAACGUCGACAAUUAGAAUCCACAGUAGCUGCUAUGCAAGCUGAUUUAGAUGAAGCCGUUGCUGAAUUGAAAAAUAGUGAAGAACGAUCGAAAAAAUCUGUUUCCGAUGCUGGCCGCUUAGCCGAAGAACUACGUCAAGAACAAGAACAUGCACUACAUGUUGAACGCUUAAGAAAAGGUCUAGAACAACAAGUCAAAGAUCUACAAACACGUUUAGAUGAGGCUGAGGGUAAUGCAAUGAAAGGUGGAAAACGUAUCAUUGCCAAACUUGAACAACGUAUUCAUGAAGUUGAAGGUGAAUAUGAAUUGGAACAACAUCGUCAUCAAGAAACGCUCAAAGAAUUACGUAAAAAUGAUCAUCGUUUGAAAGAGCUUACAUUUCAAACUGAAGAAGAACGCAAAUCGCAUCAUCGAUUAAAUGAUCUGAAUGACAAAUUACAACAAAAAAUUAAAAUUUAUAAACGACAAGUGGAAGAGGCAGAGGAGAUUGCUGCUUUAAAUCUAGCAAAAUAUCGUAAAGUUCAAACAGAAUUGGAAGAUUCAGUUGAACGAGCGGAUGCAGCGGAAAAUCAACUAUCAAAAUUACGUAGUAAAAAUCGAUCAACAGUAUCAGCAAAUCGAUCAACAACACCACCGCGUGAACAUACACGACAACCGAGUAUGGCUACUGGACGUGCAUCAUCUGUCAUUCGACCACGUUGA